CUUGGCUUGAUCGAUUCAACAAGGCUAGAUACAUAUACGCACUUACUUACAGGGGUCUCAUCAAUAAAUAAUGCAUGGAUGGAUGGAUGAAGACAACAACACAGAAACAUUCGCGCAAAGGCCAUACAUGAAACACACCAACGUGAGCGUCUGCUCGGUCCCUCACUCACUCAGGCUUGUCCAAUGAGGGUGAUUACAAUGGAUCUGUUGUGUCCCCCGCCCCAGCCGCCAGUGUUCCUGUGUUCACACAGGUAAACCUGAACACACACACACCGACACAGCCCCACGUCACCUUUUUUUACAUACACACAUCCGCCAUCACACCUCGUUGCCACCGAUGUUGAUGUCGCCGUCCGCAACCGGCAGCAUGCAGCCAGCAGUGAACAAAGUGCUCUUGACGUGACCUGCAGGCAGACAGGCAGCCACAAGCACAUUAAUGCAGACGCCGUCCUGGCUGGAGGAAAGGGCCGACUCACUGAAUGUCUGUCUGACCUGUCAUGUCAUCGGGUCCCUCGAGCGUGUGUUGAAAGAACUCAUGAUGCCAUUUCUCAGGCACGAUGUGGUUGAGGGCCUUCUCGAGCAGUCGGCCCGUCUGCACCGCAUCGAUGCCGUCAUUGAACGUCAAACUCGCAGACGUGUGCUGACCGAUGCAACGAAAUGACCGACAAACAGGCAGACAGGUAAGUAAGAUGCGCGUGCUGCCCCCUUCCCCAGCCCCCUCUGGUAGGUCCCUUCUCUCUCACCUUGAUAAACACAUGGACGACGCCCACGGUACAUUUCCUGAGUUGGUCAUCGAUCGCGGCCCGAACCUUGUCGGUGAUGGCGUGGCAGCCCCUUGACGGUGCAGUCACUCUGAUGGUCUUCUGGACAGCGACGGCCGACGAGGGCAGCCGCGUCACGGUGAUACUGCGGGAGCGGUCGUCGUGGUCGUGUGGGCUGGCAUGUUCAUUCAGGUAGACGCCCUGCCAGGUGCCGAGCUGUGGGCUGCCUCGGCUGUCGUAGGGCACCGUGAUGCUUGGACCAACUGGAUGGAUGGAUGGAUGGAUGGAACACACAACACACGCAGAGAGGAUGGCCGCGUGUGCGUGCUGAUGCCCUCGCUCCCCUCCCCUCACCCAGUGUGGACUUGAUGUUUGCGUGUCGGGUGCUGUCGCCCUUCUUCUCAGGCACGAGUCGAUUGAAGGCCGCCUCCAAGUCAGUCCUGAACAAACAGACAGACAACAGGCAACAACAGAUCAAAUCACAUGCACACCCAUACAUACAUUCCAUGACUGACUGCAUACCUUACCUGACGUCGGCAUCGGCGUUCUCGUUGAUGGUGAGAGAGCACCCGCUGUGCUUGGCGCACACGUUCAUCAGACCAAAAUCCCCGCCACUCGAGUCACUCAAAUGCGUCACCUGCACCCCAACACAUCACAUGCAUGACACACAUACAGCCAAUUAGUCGGCCUCCACCUCCUACUGCACUUAACUAACUUACUGACCUUGCGAGUGAUGAUGUGGCAUCCGCGAGAUGGUGCAGGCAGUGACGUGGCUUUCGAGUCAACCCCAGGCACAAGCGUCGCGACGAUGGUCCGCUGUCCCGACACCUUGCUGUUGUUGUCCACCAAAUAAACCUCCUGUGACGCCGCCAGAUCUAUCGCACCGUCCCGCACUGGGACGGCAAGAGACUUCCCAAGGACGCUCGCCCUGACGAUGGCCUCCUCCCUGUUGUUGCCCAGGCCUUGUGUCAGCCGGCUGAGGGCCGUUUCAACUGCUGAGGGCCCGCCAUCCAUACCACCAAUGACCCCGAGGGAGAGGCCAGGCUCAAUCGCGCAGAGCGAGAGUAGGCCAGCUGGCACCUUGUGCAGCGGCACCUCCUUCUGCAGGAUGUCAGACAGCGCCACAGCGUUGCCCUGCGCCGAGUCGAUGGUCAGCGGCUUCUGCACAAGCUGUCCUGGCUUCAUCUUGAUCUGUGGCAGCUCGAUCUCGGAUGCGAAUGCUUGUGGUGCAGCGGCGCAGAAGAGGGGUCGGCGGCAGUGUGCGGGGGUCUUGUCAACGAGACGACUAAAAGGGACGGACCGCCUGUUGUUGUUGAAUGUCGUCGUCUUGUCGAGGAAGUUUGGGAAAGCAGAUGCACUCAACGAGGCCACGGAAACAGAGAUUCCAAUACCAAAAACAGCAGAUCCGACCCGCAUUGCAUCCCG